GGCAGGCCUCAAGGACGGCACAGCGCAUGCGCGACAUUUAUGUUGUUGUUUGUGGCGGUAAGAUGGCGGCGCUCGGAGACACCUCAGCUCCGGAGGUGAAUGGGUUAAUACAACAAUUCACAGCAAUAACAGGGGCCACAGAGAGCGUCGGACAACACAUGUUGGAAGCAUGCAACAACAACCUGGAAAUGGCCGUGACCAUGUUCCUGGACGGAGGCGCGAUCGCAGAGGAGCCCAGCACCAGCUCCAGUUCAGCAGCUUCAAGCAGCAGAGCUCCCCCUUCAGAUGACGUACGCGCACCCAUUCCCCAGAAGCAAGACAUAUUGGUGGAACCCGAACCGUUGUUUGGAGUGCCAAAGCGAAGAAGACCCGCUCGAUCUAUAUUUGAUGGUUUCCGGGACUUCCAAACAGAAACAAUCCGCCAGGAACAGGAGCUGCGUAACGGUGGAACAGUGGAUAAGAAACUGAGCACCCUGGCAGACCUUUUCCGUCCUCCCAUUGAGCUCAUGCACAAAGGCAGCUUUGAGACGGCGAAAGACUGUGGACAAUUGGAGAACAAGUGGCUGAUGAUCAACAUUCAAAAUGUUCAGGACUUUGCCUGCCAGUGCCUAAACAGAGAUGUUUGGAGUAACGAUGCAGUGAAGACCAUCAUCAGAGAACAUUUCAUAUUCUGGCAGGUUUACCAUGAUAGUGAAGAGGGACAAAGAUACAUCCAGUUCUAUAAACUGAACAAGUUUCCCUAUAUUUCCAUCCUCGAUCCUCGCACAGGUCAAAAAAUGGUGGAGUGGAAUCAGCUGGACGUGGCGUCGUUCCUGGAGCAGACGACUGGCUUCCUGGCCGAGCACGGGCAGCUAGACGGGCCGUCCUGUCACGCACCUCCUGCCAAACGAGCUCGCUCUGAGAGCCUUAUUGAUGCCAGCGAAGACAGUCAGCUGGAGGCAGCGAUCCGAGCCUCCCUACAGGAGACGCACUACGAGUCCUCAAAUGCCCCCGAAGAGCCCGAUUCCCCCCCGUCCGAAGACGAAGAAUCCGAUGCAGAGCCUUUCUCUGACAGCGAGGGUCCCAUCUCUGUCGACGGCUCGGACAGCGAAAUGCCAGCACCUCACGAUGAGAAAAGUUUUCCCAGCAAACACGCCUCGCUCCCGGCGGCCAAUGCGGCUCAGCAGCGUCUCCAUCCCGAUAGUUCCACUUCUUCCCACAGAAAGUCUCCAUACAAAGAAAACAACCACAGUCACAAGAAGGAGGAGAGCAAAAAGAACCACCUGGAGCCCUCAGCUGGCGGCCCUCGUCAUCCUCAGCCCGACGCCGAAUCCGGAGGAAACCACUGUCCCUCGGUCGCAGAGAGCGCUGGACCAUCCAAGACCAGCGCCACCAAAACCUGUGACGUGGACUGUCCGGACGACAACGGGCCCAAAGCCAGAUUGAUGCUCCGCUACCCAGACGGACAGAGAGAACAAAUUUCCUUGUCUUCUAAAGCAAAACUUUUGGCCCUGGUAAGACACGUCCAGUUCAAAGGUUACCCUAAUGAACGCUUCGAACUCGUCACCAACUUUCCCCGAAGGAAGCUUGCCCACUUGGACUAUGACAUCACGCUGCAGGAGGCGGGGCUUUGUCCACAGGAGACUGUAUUUGUUCAGGAGAGGAACUAGCCGCGUCAGACGCAGUCACUUUUGCCUGUCUGUACCUCUCUGCGACCGACCUCACCCUUUCACCGAUGAGCUGGGACGAUGUCACCGGCCGUGACCCCGGUACCUUCUCCUGGAACUAGGCCCCGGUUUUGCCAAGACCGAUCUCAGUGGAUGGACUACUUUCCCCGCCGCUCCACUAAUCUGAACACUGACAGCCGAAUACCUUUGUACUGCUCUUCAAUUGGCCAGUAAGGUGUACGGAUGCUGGCACGUCUUCAUUUUUUGAAUUCAGUUUUAUUCUUUUCUGAUGCAGGCUUCAUUUUUGUUCUGAACUCUUGAGACACAUCAGGAAACAAUAAAUAUAUAUAUAUAUAGCUAGCUCAUAUUCAAAUAAAAAAAACAAUAAUACUGGAUUGCUGAUUGAUGAUGAGGCACCAAGGAAUUGUACAAAAACAUUUUUAACUCCAAGAAAGGAUGUUUGAUGUCAGAGUUUAUUUUCUGUACCUUGGGACAAGUAAAGGGAGGUGCGUUAUUGUUUAUUCGGCCCAAAUUUGGUCUCUCACAUGGUCCUUGUUUCAACAAUUGUAAUUAUUAAGGCAGGGGCACCAAGAGAAAAGUUCCGUAUUCUACAGGUCGGACAUCUGUUACACAAAUCUGUGUAAAUCUGACAGGAUUUGGCUGCAUCUGCACAUUUUUACUCCAAGUCAAGUUUCUAUCGGUUAAUUCAUUUUGGUGGGAUUUCAACUUUUGAUACAGAAGGGAAUGAAUGAAGGUUGGUGCAUCUCAUCAGUCGGACCUACACUGUACAAAGAUGGCCAGAGAGAAUGAUAUUUAGCUGUAGUCACUGUUUCCUUUUUUUAUAUGCUGCCAAGAAAACAUGUUGAAAUAUAACCACCAAAACCAAGGGA